UAGUGUUUAAGCUGCUGCAAUCGCCGCUGCGGGCAGAGAGCGCAAAUUGUGCCGUGCCGUCAGUGCCGUGUGUUUGAUACACGCGCCGCACACGCCGCUGUCGCUAUACAUAUACUAUACAUAUAUAUAUAUAUAAGUACGCGCAUAUUGUAAAGUAAUCAGUAGUGUAACCAAUACUCAUUAUCGCAUCGGCCGAGAGAAAGAGCCGACAACGACGACGACACGAAUACUUAAAUCGCGAUCGACAAAUAUUAGCUGCUAGAAAACGAACGAGAAGAGAGAGAGAGAGUGCAGGAUACGUUGAGGAAACCUGCAGCCGAGCAAAGUGUGAGAAGAAGCCAGGAUGAAUGACGCGGAGGCCUAUGGGGAUGGCUACAUGGAGCCUGAGGAGGAAUGGGAGCGCGAGGGUCUCCUCGACCCCGCCUGGGAAAAGCAGCAGAAAAAAACCUUCACAGCAUGGUGCAACUCGCACCUACGAAAGGCAGGCACUGCCAUAGAAUCGAUCGAGGAGGACUUCAGGAACGGACUGAAGCUGAUGCUCCUCCUCGAAGUCAUCUCGGGCGAGACCCUGCCAAAGCCCGACCGCGGCAAGAUGAGGUUCCACAAGAUAGCCAACGUGAACAAGGCCCUCGACUACAUCGCCAGCAAGGGAGUCAAGCUCGUCUCCAUCGGUGCCGAAGAAAUCGUCGAUGGCAACCUGAAGAUGACCCUCGGUAUGAUAUGGACCAUUAUUUUGCGCUUCGCCAUCCAGGACAUAUCGGUCGAGGAGAUGACGGCCAAGGAGGGUCUGUUGCUCUGGUGCCAGCGCAAGACCGCCCCGUACAAGAACGUCAACGUCCAGAACUUCCAUCUGUCCUUCAAGGAUGGUCUUGCGUUCUGCGCCCUCAUCCACCGCCACAGACCCGAUCUCAUAGAUUACCACAAGCUCAGCAAGGACAAUCCCCUGGAGAACCUCAACACGGCCUUCGACGUUGCCGAGAAGUACCUCGACAUACCUCGCAUGUUGGAUCCGGAUGAUUUGAUCAACACUCCCAAGCCAGACGAAAGGGCUAUCAUGACCUACGUAUCCUGCUACUACCAUGCCUUCCAGGGUGCCCAGCAGGCUGAAACCGCGGCAAACAGGAUCUGCAAGGUGCUUAAGGUCAACCAGGAGAACGAGCGCCUGAUGGAGGAGUACGAGCGACUGGCCUCGGACCUGCUCGAGUGGAUCAGGCGCACGAUGCCCUGGCUCAACAGCCGGCAGACCGACAACUCGCUCGCCGGCUGCCAGAAGAAGCUCGAGGAGUACCGCACGUAUCGGCGCAAGCACAAGCCACCGCGCGUCGAGCAGAAGGCCAAGCUCGAGACCAACUUCAACACCCUGCAGACGAAGCUGCGGCUGAGCAAUCGACCCGCUUACAUGCCCACCGAGGGCAAGCUCGUCUCGGACAUCAACAAGGCCUGGAAGGGCCUCGAGACCGCCGAGAAGGCCUUCGAGGACUGGCUGCUAUCCGAGAUGAUGCGGCUCGAGAGACUCGAGCAUCUAGCUCAGAAGUUCAAGCACAAGGCGGACGCCCACGAGGAUUGGACCGCCGGCAAGGAGGAGAUGCUCACCUCGCAGUUGUUCCGUCAGUGCAAGCUCAACGAGCUCAAGGCCCUCAAGAAGAAGCACGAGGCCUUCGAGUCGGACCUUGCCGCCCACCAGGACCGCGUCGAGCAGAUCGCUGCCAUAGCUCAGGAGCUCAACACCCUCGAGUAUCACGAUAGUGCUUCCGUUAACGCUAGAUGCCAGAGAAUUUGCAAUCAGUGGGAUCGUCUGGGCUCGCUGACGCAAAACAGACGCCAGGCUCUCGACGAGGCCGAGCGCAUUUUGGAGAAGAUCGACAUUCUGCACUUGGAAUUUGCCAAGCGUGCCGCGCCGUUCAACAACUGGCUCGACGGGACUCGGGAGGAUCUCGUGGACAUGUUCAUUGUCCACACGAUGGAGGAGAUCCAGGGUCUCAUGGACGCUCACUCAAAGUUCAAGGCGACUCUUGGGGAGGCCGACAAGGAGUACAACUCUAUCGUCGGUCUGGUUCGCGAAGUCGAAUCGAUCGUCAAGCAGUUCCAAAUACCUGGAGGACUCGAGAAUCCGUACACCACCCUUUCUACUACGGAUCUUACGAAGAAAUGGAGCGACGUCAGACAAUUGGUGCCGCAGCGAGAUGGAACCUUGGCCGCGGAAUUACGCAAGCAACAAAGGCCUAUCUCGCAUAGCCUCACUGGAGCUAACGAGUUGGGCUUUUGUAUUGCACCUAGUAUAUGA